CACAGCCGCACCGGCAGAGCUCCAGAAUAUGCAACUCGGCCGGCUCACGCGCGGACGCGCUACAAGUGCGAGGGCCCGCCCAACGCUGCUUGCAGCUUUAAUUUUGUUUCUGGAGUCCAUCUUCGGAGACCCACAGGAGGUGAAAGUGGCGUCAGGACAGGACGUCACUCUUCGCUGUCAGGCUCCCAGCGGAGCCUGCAUCUCACAGUUAGUGUGGAGCAGAUCGGACCUGAAGGACGACUACUUCGUCUACUUCCUCAGAGACGGUCUCCACAUGAACUACCAGCGUUCCUCUUACGUGGGUCGAGUGGAGCUGAGAGAUCCACAGAUGAAGGACGGAGACGCUUCUAUUGUUCUGAAGAACGUCAUCGUCAGCGACUCUGGAACAUACGAGUGUCGGGUUGGAGAGAAAAACACACCUGAUCUCAUCGGCAUCAUCAGGCUGACGGUUUCAGGCUCAGCUCGAAACAUCCCGACUGUACUGGCAAUAGGUUUUUCACUCUUCUCUCUGAUUGUUUAGUUUUGUUAUGAUUUUCAAGAAAUGUCCAAAAAACCAACAACAGCUCACAAAACAAAAAGGAGGAGGAGGAGAUCCAGCAUCGGAGAACCCUCUGACAAUGAAGCCAGGACUACAAACACUUCUAACUCAGAGGGAAACAUCAGAGUGAGGCUUCCCUGUUGUAACACAAUGGGAGAAGAUUGUCAUUGUGCCGCUGCAUGCAGAAUGCUGCAGAAACAUCCUACACAUUUAAUGAAAGUCUCCUCCAAAGGCCAGAAUUAGGGUGGGUUCCACUGAUAAUAUGCCCCUUUUCCACCGAAUGGUACCAGCUCGACUCGCCUCGACUCUACUCACCAUUUUUGGUUUUCCAUCGGGGAAAAUUUCUUCCUGUUAUCUGGUACUUUUUUUCCCAGCCAACGCAGCAGACGAUUCCAGCAACAACAGCAGAAAAAAACGCAGCAGUAACAUUUUAGUACAACUAUUCUGUCUUUAUGUUCUGAGUAAUGUUGAAACGUUAAAUGAAGAGACUAUUAUGUAGCUAUGAGGACAGCACGGCGGCCUAGUGGUUAGCACUGUCGCCUCACAGCAAGAAGGUCCUGAGUUUGAACCCCAGUCGUCCGGGCCUUUCUGUGUUUAGUUUGCAUGUUCUCCCAGUGUCUGCGUGGGUUCUCUCCAGGUUCUCUGGCUUCCUCCCACCAUCCAAAGACAUGCGGCCUACUAGGUUGAUUGGUGUCCUCAGGUGUGAGUGUGAGUGGUGGU